AGCGACUCAUUAUAGCACUACUUCGCAUUUCCUGUGACUUAAGUUAUGAGCGGUGCAAUUUACGGGGGAGACGAUGUUGGUGCUUUAGUAGUCGAAGUAGGCAGUUUUCUUACAAAAGCGGGUUAUGCAGGAGAGGAGCUUCCCAGUGUUGUGAUUCCUUCGUUUGUGGGAGUUAAUACGUCUGAAGAAAAAAGGAAAUAUUAUGUUGGAACUAAUAAGUUAUAUGUGCCACGGCCUUCAAUGGAAGUAGUUAACCCUGUACAUAAUGGAGAAAUUGUUGAUUUUGAGGCCUGUGAAGAACUUUUAGAUGAUCUUUUUAAAAAUCAGUUGCGCUGCAAUUUAAAGGAACACCCUUUGAUGAUGGGAGAUGAAGUCUGGAGUUCUAGGCAUCAAAGAGAAAAAAUUACUGAACUUUUUUUUGAAAAGUACGAAGUUCCUGCAUUUUACUUAAUGCGAAAACCAGUCUUGAGCGCUUUCUCCUUCGGAAGAUCGGCAGCAGUCGUCCUUGAUAUCGGCUAUUCGGGCGCGAGUGCCUCUCCCGUCUUUGACGGCUUUGUCUUAAAUAAAGGCGUCAAGAGGAGCCCACUUGGUGGACGUUGGCUUUUUGAAUUGUGCUCUCAAGCAAUCAGCCGUAAAGGGAUAGAUCUAAUUCCUCGUUAUAAGAUUCUUAAAAAAGAGCCUUACGAAGAUGCGAAGGGAAAACGGCAAAAGUUUGUCCCGUCCAAUUUGCAAAUGACGUCUUCUUUUGAUGCUCUUUGUAUUAUGAACGAAUGUGAUGAUUUUUAUAAGACCAUUUGUCAAGUGUCCGACGCUCCGCUUAAGGAAAGCGGAUUACAACAUAUUCCAACGCUCGCAUAUGAAUUUUGCACCGGAACAAAAGCCUUUUUUGGUGCUGAGCGGUUUGCGAUUCCCGAAUCCCUUUUUUCACCACCGCCUGCUGCAACUGGAAGCGAAUCUAACACGGAUUUAUUUUCCCUUAUAGCCAACAGUGUGGAGAGCUGCGACGUCGAUGUUCGUGCAAUCCUUCUAAGCAACAUUAUAGUAACGGGCGGCGUUUCUCUUACGAGUGGCCUUGUAGAUCGGCUCAACCGUCAAUUGCUCAGGAACUCCAGUGAUGGAAAAUUGAAAGUUCUCGCUGUACAAACGAACUCAGAGCGCCAGUUUAGUUCAUGGAUCGGCGGAUCUAUACUUGCCUCGUUGGGCGCUUUCCAGCAAAAGUGGAUUAGCAAAGUUGAAUACUCCGAUUUAGGGAAGGAUUUGGUGGAGAAAAGAUGCUUGUGAUUUUAAAUCAUUGAAAAUUGAAUUGUUGAGACUUGAAG